CAACACGACAACAGUCGCUCGCUGCCGAUCAGCCGGCCCGGUGGUGUAGUGUCCCUCUUGCUUUGAUUAUUUUUGUCAUGUGUGCACUUUGAAAUGUGACAUUUUCUCCCCAUUGUUGAUGUGGUCAUUCAAUCGAAAUUCGCCCGCUUCUCAUCACCUUACCGCCUUAGUUUCUCACCCACCCCAGUCAAAGCGAUCCGCAGUAUUUCCGUCCAACCAGCACAUCUACGAUUGUCCAUACCCGCUGGAAGCCAUCAACAUGCAGUCGGAUUAUCUCAUGAAUAAAGAUCGCCAUUUCGAUCAUCCGCCACUGAACGGCAAUCACGAGUACGAAACUGUCUACUUGCCCGGCCUACCUCCCCCUCCGCCACCUCCGCCGGCUGAUAAAUCGUGGCAAUGGCAAAGUAGUCCUAUUUACGGCGCCAAUGGCUCAUUGCAAUAUUAUCCAGGAUUCGGCUCCUAUGUGCAUCCGGUCGUCGACUCGUGGAUGGGCUAUCGCCCGCUUCCGCCGCCUUCCACUCCGCCACCGUACAAGUCUUACAGUAUGGAACGGCUCAAUCACCCAUCUGUUGUUUACUCUUUCCGAUCGCCCGCCCCCUCUCCCGUUCAUACCCCAACUAGCUCCCCCGUCCUGAGCCGGGCGCGAGGAUCGUCUCCAGCGUCCGCCAUGGGCCGUCCGGCACAUCAUAAUCAGCGUCGGGUAACUCCGCCUGUUCCACCGCCAAAAAAUGGCGCGGCAUCGAAACCACCGCGGCCACUUCGAAACCGACCGACGUUGGUCAAAGCGAAAACGAUCGACUUCGCCGACGGAUCUAGCGAUGGCGAUCCGUUCCAGCCUCAGAAGCCGUUGGAGGCUGGCAACAAGAUCCCCAGUUUGGAUUCGCUUUACGAGCAAUUGAAGGCCUUCGCGGCCGCAACACCCCCUCCGCCAGCCUUUGUCGCCCCUUCGCCACCGUGCGCUAGAUCUUCUUCGCGAACGGUUGACAAUCAAUUGGCGGCCGAUUUGGCCGCCGCCGCUUUGGAGAUGGUUGCCAACAGUCCGCUAGUUCGUUCACGUUCGGCCACCUUUAGCGGCGCUCCCAGUCCAUUCGCGUUCAACUCCUCACGACCCAAGCCGGAGACGGAUGAACGUGUCCAACGACUGGAAGGAGACAAGGAUUCCUUACAGAUGCAAGUCUCGAUCCUGAUGGACCAGAUCGAAGCACAAACAGAGAAGAUUGCUGAUUUGGAAAGAACGCUGUCCGACAGAGCGUUCCAGUUACAGAAAUCUGAAGAUAAUUUCCAAAAGGAAAUACUGUCGCGCUCCGCGGCCGAAACGCGCCAACUCGAGUUGCUCAGCGACAUUUCUGGCUUGAAAUUGAGAUUCGCCGCCAUGGAAAAAGAUAACAUGGAACUGAGAGGGCAGCUUAAGCGAAGCGAACAGGACAUGAUCACAUUGGUUAGCCAGUGUUACGCGCUGUGCGGAGCCACGCUGGGCCCUGGUUUCAACAAAAAGGAUAUGUUAGAAAAUUUGCAAUCGAUGAAUUUGAGAAGCAAUGCUACCUCGCCUGCCUCCGUGGUUGGCACACCACCUCGCCAUCCGGGCAGUGCAACAGCCGAAUUUCCUCGUCGGGCUUUGCUCUCCGCCAAUUCAGCGUCGUCACUGCAGUCGAAUCAGUCGCCUCAUGUGACGGAUUCGCCGCGACCUGCCUAUCAGCAAUCGCCCAAAACUCCUCCUGCCAGCGUCUUCCGCAAACUGGAUCAGGAUGCCUACAAUUCCCUACCUCGCCAGACCAGUGUCAACAGCCAUCAUAACAAUAACAACAACAGUCUGUCGACGAUGGGCACCAGCCCGCCAGUAACAGCCAACAAGCGUGCCGUGGUGUUUGGUAAACAUUUUCAACUCCCUUCGCUCCGCGUCAGCAGCAAACGCAGCAGUUCGGCCCCCAAUCUAGCUGAAACGGAGCAAAAACGUCUUCAGGAUGAAGCCGCCAGCACGUUAGAACGUGAGGAUGUGAUGACUGAGUCAUCGUUCAAUAGCCCGACGUCACCCCAUUCACCAUCGCUCAACAGCUUCUCGAAGCAACCGCGUGGAAGUCUAAAGAAGAUUUUCGAUAAAUUAAAACGAGCCAAUUCUGGUGCACUGGAGGGCGAUCCAUCGACACCGCUUUCAGCCGAAGAUUUCCGACGUGGUGGCACUCUUCGCUCUACUGCUGGGCCCCGUUUAGGCUGGAAAAAUGGGUCUCCAGGCCCAGCGGAAACGAUCAAACCUAUCCAGGAAUCUGACCUUCCCUUCGCACAAUGGUCCAGCGACGAUAUCGCAUCGUGGCUUCAUGAUAUGGGAUUGCACUUGUACGUCAGCGAAGUUCAACGCUGGAAUUGUAGGGGUCAGCAGUUACUAGAAGCUCCGGUGGCUGAGAUAGAAAAGGAACUAUCCGUAAAGCAUCCGCUGCACAAAAAGAAAUUAAUCCUAGCUCUAGAGGCCAGAGGCCGAGCUCAGGAUCCUAUGUCGCCUGUACCAAUCCUACCAGAUUUGCUAAAGAACGCUGGGAAAUUGGAUCAUCAAUGGGCUGUUCGUUGGUUGGAUGAUAUCGGCUUGCCCCAGUACAAAGACGCUUUCCUAGAGUCUAGACUGGAUGGUCGUAUGCUUCAUUUACUAACAGUCGACGACCUGUGUACCCAUCUGAAGGUGACAAACCUACUUCACCUCAUCUGCAUUCGGCGGGGGAUUCAAGUGUUGCGAAUGAACGAUUACAAUCCGAGUUGUUUGCAACGUCGCUCGGUUCCGGAAGAACCGGCCCAUCCUACUCCUGGCCAAGUAGCUGUUUGGACUAAUCACCGUGUCAUGGAAUGGCUAAGAGCUGUUGAUCUGUCUGAGUACGCCCCAAACAUGCGAGGAUCUGGUGUUCACGGUGGUCUGCUGGUGCACGAGGCUCGCUUUAAUGCCGAGCUGCUAGCCACUCUGCUAUCAAUUCCUCAGGGUAAGACGCUAUUGCGUCGUCAUUUGGCCACCCACUUUAAUCAGUUGGUGGGUCGGGAAGUAGUGCAAGCCAAACGCGAAAUGGAGACUUCAUCGGCCUAUCCACUCCUGACUCCUGUCGCCAAAGUCAAAAUAAUUAAGAAGUCACAAUUUACGUUGAAACGCAGAAAGGGCAAACCAGAUGAAUUCGAUUGCGACGAUUGGGUCUGUCCACCUUUUGAUUCCUCCGAUUUGGAAAAUGACAAAACAUCUUCCCCAAAGCCGAUUAUGACCAAAUCUACCGAUUUAUGAAGACCAGUCGGAUGGCAUGUCCUACAUCCAUGACGGACUUCAGCAGCUAUGUUUCUCGAUUAAGAUUUUCCAAUUCCUCGUUUGAUGGACUUACAUCUGUCUCCAGGGCGAGAUGUACACGGUCGUCUUUGUUCCCAAGAAAAAAUAACACGAAAAAAUUAAAUCAAACGUUUGUCAUUUC